CUACGGACUCAGAAGCUCCAGCUUCACUUAACUUAACUACAUCUGAUUGAGCUUGACAUCUCUCUCUAUCCACGGAUUAUACCAAUUACUUUUAUCUUAUCUUGAAUCGACUCAAUCGCAAGCACAAUGUUCCGUUUCGCCCGAACCUUCGACGUCGUCACCCUCUUCCACAAACCCAGCGUACCCGCCUCCCAGCGCACCCUCAACCUCCUCAAAGUCGCCCACGCAACAGCCACCGAAACCACAACAAUCGACCAAGCAUCCGACAACACGGCCCAAGCACUACGCGAACGAGGCGAAUUCGAACUCGAAGUCACCGAAGAACCCCCUACUCCGGACCAGCUGCGCAGUAUCCUGGAUUAUGCGGCGCGCGCGGAUCCCAAGCAGAGUAUUAGUGAUAUCGUGCGGGGAGCGAAAGAUGCAGCGGACGCGUUGAAGAAGGUCAAGGAGAAUGGGGAUAAUUUUGUUAGGCCGGUGACCGUCGACUGGAACAACGGCCAGGCUGUGGUGGGUGAUAAAGAGUCCGUGAUCCUCAAGAUGCUGCAGCAAUUGCCGGAGGGCGAGAACAAAAAUCAGUAGAUUGUAGACUGCUUUCGUCUUUUUGUUCUCCCCCUCUCGCUCUGGCGAGUUUUGAAACGAUUGAACGGUUAAUGCGGAUUGCGCAGUGUCUUGCGCCGCAUGUUAGCUAUCUAUUGAGGGGCCAUCUCACCUCUGGAAUGAAAUCAUAUCUAAGCAACAUAUAAUGUUUCGGGCAAGUAUAGCAUAAUUGAUUGACUCUUGCUGUUGUGAUUCAUCUGGGCCAACAACAAACAAGACGAUAAUAUAAUUACUUUUAAAAGUUGCCUACGGAACGGUUACUUUUUCAGAUUCCAUUCAUGU